AUGAAGAAACAACUAUGUGCUCUUCUUGGCAUUCUGCUUUUUCCAGUAUUAUUAUGUGCUUCUACGUUUACAGAUUCAAGAGCCACCUAUUAUGGCACCCCUGACGGCUAUGGGACUCCAAGUGGAGCUUGCGGAUUUGGCGAAUAUGGAAGGGUGGUCAAUAAUGGCUAUGUCUCAGCAGUAUCUAGGGCACUGUACAAGGAUGGAGCUGGUUGUGGGGCAUGCUAUAAGGUUAGAUGCAAAAACCCCCAACUUUGCAGCUACAAUGGGGUGGACGUAGUAGUGACUGAUUAUGGGGAAGGAGAUAGAACUGACUUCAUCCUCAGCCCACGAGCCUUCUCAAGCUUGGCUCUUCCCAACGCAGACAAAGAGUUGUUCAAUUAUGGUGUGGUUGAAGUAGAAUAUACAAGGAUCUCUUGUAAGUACCCGGGUUUCAAGGACCAGGUUUCUUACAAGAUCAAUGAAAACGGCAAUUAUCCAUACUACUUGGCUUUGAGUGUUUUAUAUGUAAGCGGCCAAAACGACAUCACAGCAGUUGAAUUGUGGCAGGAGGACACCAAACAGUGGAAGCCCAUGCGUAGAGCCUAUGGGGCAGUUUGGGACAUGACAAAUCCACCAACGAGGGGACCAAUCACCUUGAGGUUCCAAGCUACAACCAGUUUAGGGUACACUUAUUGGGUUCGCUCUGCCAAUGCCAUACCCAAAGUCUGGAAAGCUGGGGCUACUUAUAAGGCCACCGUUAAGCUCAUCACUAAAUAAAUUUAUAUUCAUAUAUCAAUUUUUAUUAGAUGUAUCUCUGCUAAGAUAUAAUUAUACCGAUGUGUGAGGGCGUAAUAAAUAAGCCAAUUAUGUUUAAUUAGUUUUGUGUUGCUGCUUUUUUUUUUUUUUUUUUGAAUUUGUACUUGGGAAUAAUAGAGAUAUAUCAUCAAUAAAACUUGCAUUUUGUUAUUCUAAAGCUAACUAAAGAAAUUGAUCAAUUUGUCUAACAAAAAAAAAAAAAAACUAUCAUGUUUAAAAGAUUACUAUAAAUUAUAUUCUGACUAUUUUGGAAUGGAAUACAAAUAUUGUCGUCAACUUAAUUAGAAUGAUCACAAAUGCUAUUGGAAAUAGUAUCUACAGUUGUUGUUCGGAUUUAUAUAAAUCACAAUCAAUAUCCAAGA